AUGAUGAACCCUCUCAAGAGUAUUACGGAAAUGAGAAAUCGUGGCGAAAGCCGGAGACUCUUGGACGAGGUGGGCUAUUUGUGGGAGGGACUUGACCCGUCUGCAGGAAUAGGCUUACGAAGAUCAAGUGCACUGGAAAUUAAUACCAAGCUUUGCGAUUCGGAUUUUGCCCGCAAGGCAAAAACCGCGGACUUUAUUGGGCAAACUUGGGAAUUUCUACUCGAGGCAAAUCGCGAAGAAGACAAGGUUAUGAAUAUUCUACUUGCAUUUUUCUGUGCUCUAGUUGCACGAGAUCCGGGAUCUCUGGUGGAGCUAGUCCAGCGAGACUCGUCACAAGUGGUACAAACAUUGUUUGCUUUACUUGCAAGCUUUCCGCCAAAGAGUGACCCUUUACAUCUCGUCUCGGAUGCGAACCAGCUACGUAAACUUGGGUUGUCGAAGAAAGAACAGAACCUUGCCGCAUCAAUUCACUCUAUGCUGAGGUCCUCCGCACUUUUCCCUCCCUUUACGCCGUUGUCAACCGCGCUUCUUGUCUCGCACACACUGGCUUCACUUCCUUCCGCUUCUCUAAAACCCACACCCGCUAACCUCAAAGCAAUCCUCGAUAACCUCAGAGAACAUUUCUCUUCAUUCUCUCCGUCGCUUUCUGCGUUUGUCACCAUCUCGCAGCAUAGUGAGAAGCAGAAUGCGCUCGCUCACCUUCACAACCUCCUUUCCCUUUUUGACUCAUAUCUACUUAGAGGUUGGGCACUACAAGCGGAGGGCGAUAUUAACAUCAAUCAACAACAGCUAGAGGCUGCGAGGACUGAUUGGUUUGCUGACGGCCUAACAUCGUUCGCAAUCCUUACGGAGGUGAUAAGCUCGCGCUCUGCAACAUCUGAAGUUGAACAAGGGAAAGCGCGUCAGUGCACGCUUGUCACUCUACGACUCCUUGUUGGUUUAACGCAUGCGGACAAGAUUUGGUGCGGCAAAGUUGCAAGCCGAGAGGAGUGCCUUUUAUUCAUUAUGCGAACAAUUCUGCGGGGACAUGUUGAUCACAUGGAAAAGGUCAAGAAACAUCAGAGCAGCAAGAUUAAAACAGAGCCAAGUUCAUCUGACGACUUUCCUCGUCUGGACAAUAGCUAUCAAGAACCCACCAUGCCUAAAGACGAUGGAUUAGAUGCGCUGUGUCUUGCGCUUGGGUUGUUAACAAAUCUAGUUCAAUUAGAGGACGAGGUCAAGACCACAAUUCGCGACAUAACUUCAUCCACACGAUGCCGUCCAACCAAAUGUCUCGAGAAGUGCCUUUGCCCAAAUCGAAUAUCUGCACCCAGAGCACUGGUUGAGAUGUACACUGACCUUGUUCUCACAAGUUCGGCGCCAGUGAAACAAGAGCCUUGCCUAGAUUCAGGCCAACAAACGGACCUACUUGCGGCUGGAGAAACACGACUACUUCUCUCACAUCUUUCUUUGCUGUUUGGGCUACUUAUGAAAGACAACUCCACAAACCAGCGCGAUAUACUUGACUGGUUGCCGGAGUCACCGACAAGUUUAGCAUGCGACGGGCAGAGUGGCAAGGUGCAGAUGCUGAUAGCUCACGCGAAGGAAUUUUCUUACUUGUACGCGGAGAGCGGAGACGAAGGUGGUAGUGCUCGCGAUGUUAUCGUAUUCCUAGAACAACUACAGAAUCAACUCUGA